GUGACUGGACGGCCACGGCUGUUGAGCUGUCUGCCAUCUCAAAACCUAGCUGUGAGCCAGCGUGGCAGGGGCUGUGCAUGGAAGCCAGGAGCUGGGCCCCCAGGAGGCAACUGUGCCCGCCGGGCAUCAUGCUGCUGGCCUUUGCUACUCUGCUCAGCUGCCUGCUCACCUCCGGCCAGGCCAAGGUCUACAGUCGCUGUGAGCUGGCCAGAGCCCUCCAGGAUUUCGGCAUGGAGGGAUACCGGGGAUACAGCAUGGCUGACUGGGUCUGUCUUGCUUACUUCACAAGUGGCUUCAAUACAGCUGCUGUGGACCAUGAAGCCGAUGGGAGCACCAACAAUGGCAUCUUCCAGAUCAGCAGCCGGAAGUGGUGCAAAAAUCUCAGCACAGAUGUCCCCAACUGGUGCCAGAUGUACUGCUCCGACUUGCUGAAUCCUAACCUUAAGGACACUGUCAUCUGUGCCAUGAAGAUAGCUCAACAGCCCCAGGGGCUGGCCAGCUGGGAGGCCUGGAGGCAUCACUGCCAGGGCAAGGACCUCAAGGACUGGGUGGAUGGCUGUGACCUGUAG